GACGCUGGUGGUUUCUUGCGGGGAGUGGCUUGAAUAUGUUAGCUGAAUGCGUCUUCCCCCAAGACAUUCGCUGUUCGCUUCUUACAACAAGUGGUAAAGUUAAACCGCUAUGGGUGCGUCUUCGUUGUUCGCGUUAAGUCUUAUACGGCUACAGCUGUACAUGAAUUCGCCAUCUGCGCAAGUGCAGCUUCGUUCCGCAGCAAAUAGUAAUUCAUGACGUAGCCUUUUCUCUUUUCGAAAUCGCACGAGCACCACAUAGCUUCUUCAAUCACGUCUGCCAUUCUAGGGCGUCUGAAAAAUUAGAAAAAAAAAAUACCCUCGGUAAUUUUCGUCUCUAGAGCCUUACGUCUGCCUGAAGUUACCGCGCAAAGCAUCUUAGUUUGCGAGAAAAAAAAAGUACAAAUAAGGAAAUUGAAGCGCGGCGUGCGUCUUGCGACACAAGCGGCUCGCGCUUCUCCAUCGACGGCACGGCUGUCACCGAAGCCGCACAACGCUACUGCUGACUCAAGAUCGGUCCCCGAAACAUCGCGCGACGCGGCCAAUCACAGCCGUCGCUUCUCUUUACACGAGCCGAGCCACGGGUGGCGACAAGGCCAGCCGGACGCUGACACGCGGUUCAGCGUCUCGCCGACGAUGCAGACACGGAGGUCCCGCUGAAAAAAAAAAUCCGCGCGCUGCGCAUGCCCGCUCCUUCGGUGCAUCGUGCACACACACACACACACGCGCGCGCACACACACACCAAGCCACCGCCCCGCGCUUUUCCCAGCCUCCAGCAGUUCCUCCCAGUGGCCGUGGUUGCUAGCUUGUUAAAAACGCUUCCUCGCCGGCUCGGAGACGUCCGCUAUACACGUCCGCCAGCUUCGCUUUUCCGCGGCGGCUGCUGCGGCCGAAACGAACGGCAACGUCGAGCCGUGGUGGUGGCACUCCCGGAACCCGACGACGACGACUUCGCGCUGUCGACCCGAGCACACACAUCCGUCGGCUCCUGCUGCACUGUGCCGGCGCCGGAACCGCUCUCGCGGGGGGACCAGCGCGGCCCGAAGCCUUAUAUGCAAGAGCCCAACCUUCGAGGAACCGAUCCAUAACCAGGCCGGCCUGUAGAUGCGCAAGCUAGUGUCUUCCUCUCCGCAAGACUCCGAAGGCAUGGCUGACAAGACCGGCAAUCAACAGCAGCGGGAGACUUCCCCAGUGAUAAUGCAGUCAUGGAUAAAGGAAGAGCGCCUCGAUGAGGAAGCCGCGGGUGGGUCUCCCGUCAGUUCUAACCAGCAAGGCACCCCUACCCACGCGCAGAAUGACUAUGCCUCGGGAUCCCCGCCGCAGCCGCCGCAGCAGCAGCGGCAAGGCGAGUACUCCCCAGUCUUGGGCACGUCUCCGGACGCGGGAAGCGGCAGCGGCGGUUCGUCGCCUCAGGCGCCCAACAUCAAGCGCGAAGUCAUCGAGCCCGACCAGCAGCAGCACAGCCCGAGCAUGGCGGCUCCACGGAGUGUGGCUCAACCGUCGCCGCCCGUGUUCUACCCUGGCAAGUACGGCGGCAGCUUCGACGAUGGUGGCUACUACCCGCCAGCCACGUCCCUGGCAAACUUGCACAUCGUGGACGGUUCGGCGACGACCGUGCUCCGGUACCAGCCGUCCGCUUCCAGCGCGACCAUGCAGGUGUCGUCGUCGCCGUACUACUCGCUUCCGGUGGCUUCCACGAUGUCCAGUUCUUCGGGGAACGGUUCGCGCGAUGGCGCCCUUCUUGAAGAACAGAACGCCACCUAUUCUCACCUGACCCCGGCCAGCACCGAUCCCCUGGGCUACCCACCCAGCAGCCCGUACAGCAUGCAGUCGAAGGGCUACCAGCAGUACUCGCCCCCCGACUCCAACUCGUCCCCUAGCCCCGUCUUGAUGUCACCGUCGAACAAUACCAUGUGGACGGCUUCGCCGCAGCCGUUGCACCAUCACGACGACUUCGUUACGUCGUCCAAGCAGGUCAACAACGGGUUGGGCGCCUCUUCCUGCCGGAUCCAACAUUCGGCCCACCUCCAAAACCACCAUAACCAGCAGCAGCAGCAACAGCAGCAGCACCAGCACCAGCAACAGCACCAACAGCACCAACAGCAGCAGCAGCACCAACAGCACCAACAGCAGCAGCAGCACCAACAGCAGCAACAGCAGCAGCAGCACCAACAGCUGCAUCAGUCCCAGAUGAGUCCUCCGAGGACACCGCAGAGUGGAACGGGUCAGCAGAUGGGCAACACCUACUCGCACUUCCUCCAGGGAGUGGAACACCAUGUGGCGCAGCACUCGGCCAUGGUAUGGAACCACGCCAUGGAUGCCGGUCACGGGGUCAUGGCUGGCUUCUCUGCCUACUCAGCUCCCAAUGACAAAAGGGGCCUCAUCGGCGAGUACCCAGCGGACAUGGACUACUACGCGGGCGAGGGUCGCGAGUGCGUCAACUGCGGCGCCAUCUCGACUCCGCUGUGGCGCCGUGACGGCACGGGCCACUACCUCUGCAACGCGUGCGGACUCUACAACAAGAUGAACGGCGCCAACAGGCCGGUCGCCAAGACGCCCCGAAGAGUGGUGAGCAGACUGUCCGCUGCGCGGCGACUGGGUCUGACCUGCUCCAACUGCAGCACAAGCACGACGUCGCUGUGGAGGAGGAACAACGCUGGCGAGCCUGUGUGCAACGCCUGUGGCCUCUACUUCCGCCUUCAUGGGGUGAACCGGCCGCUGGCCAUGAAGAAGGACAGCAUCCAAACCAGGAAACGCAAGCCCAAGAGCGCAGCGGCUGGCAGCGCGAGCGGUGGAGCGAUCGUGAAGGUGGAGGCAGCCGCAGCCGCCGCUGCCGCUGCGGCGGCCAUUGCCGCGCACGGUAGCGUCCUGCUGUCGACGGGCACGGCCGACCAGACGCCGCAGCAGCCACAGCAAGCGCACCAGGACCAGGAUGGUCAGCAGCACCAGCAGCAGCAGUCUCAGCUGCUGGGCUCUACGCGCAUACCCGAACCUGCCAUGGCCGAUAUGAACAGCCUGAUGAGCAAGAAUACUUCACUGCCACACAUCAGCCUCAGCCUACCCUUCAACUUCAGCACAGCUGGGUUGACGACUAUGGCGCCCACUAGUCAAGCCGGUAGCGCUGGCAUUGCUUCCGUCAGCCGCGUGCCCGCAGUCAUGACGCUGUCCUCACUGAUGGCCUACAGUGCCGCCGGAGGAGUUCUGCGGCAACAGACCAACGGCCACUAUGUCUCGUCGUCACUGCCAGCCCUGGAUCCCAUUGCCGCAGCCCAGUCGGCAGAGCAGAGGGCGUCGAAUUUAAUGAGCCUUUCGUUAUGAAGCGGGACUCACGUGAAUUGACUGAAGUUGCUCGGAUGAAAGUUGCUUAGGGUACAUGCGCACCAAACAUAAACGAAAUGUGGUUCCUGCGAUGCAAAUGCCUUGUCGCACGAUCUAGUGGAAUGCGACGGACUCUGCGUGCACGCGCGGCUGUAAAAGUGCCUCCAUUGUGCAUGAACGCGAAGUGAACCCUGUUCCCUGCGAUGCGGCAUGGUGUUGUCCUAGGUUUAGUGUUGCUAUAUUUACGCUGCAGAAACGUGUUUCGUUUACUUUUGAUGUGCAUAGUGCAUCGAGCAGUGGACGCUCUGUAACUUCCAUGCGCAGUGCACCCGCUAUGCUCGAUGGCAGGCAAUAUGUGUUUACUGUGCCUGAGCAGCGAUGUUGCCGAGGACUUUGUGCUGUGAAGUUUUUGCCCAGUGAUUCUUUGCUACUCACACCCAGUCACCCAUCAUAUCCAUUUCAUUCGUAGACACCACGACGGCAUUUUCGUUGUGGUGCAUUGCAUCUGAUGUGCCAAAAAAGUCCCUGCUUGCUUGUAUUUUGGCAUCAUGACCAUCGCUUCCAGAAAGCUGCUCACAUUGAAAGGGAUAUGUUCCAGUGACUCAUCUUCAAGGGUCUGCAGAAGCAAUAGAUAUCACUGAAAGUUUUCCCGGCGUUUUUUUUCUCCUUAAGAGGAACUGCCACACAAGGCUGAACCAUUCCUAUUUUGGAACGUGUGUAGUGAGGAAGCACUGGGCUCAUUCUUGCAGUGCCUACUUUUCUGCAUAGAUUUGCUUAAUGACAAUUCCUUGUCUACAGACACCUUUAUCUGAUAUGUGGUGCAUUGAACUAAGUUUGGACAAUUCGCAGCAUUAAAGUGCCAUAAUUUCGUGGAUGGCUCAUCAAUGAGAAUUCAAGUUUUGCGUGCUGCUGGAAUUGAGCCAUAAAUAGGGAUUUGGCACUACAAUCUAAUGCUAAGUGACCAGAAACUAGAAUUGUAGUCAUAACUAUAUGAGCAUAUUGAGAAUGCCAUUGUAGGAAACUAUGAAGCCUCACUUUAUUGCAUGGUUUAGCAAAACUUCCCACAUAUGAGCUACCAUACUGUAUAGAGCAGACUUGCUAUGAGAAUUAUGUUACUUGGACUAGCUUGAGUGAUGUACAGUGAUUUCAAGCUCCGCAAAAAGCCUGACCCUCUAUAUGCACUUGUGGUCAAUAGGUUUUAAUGAAUUCUAUGUAUGAAAUAACACCUUCAUCACUGUAGUCAUGGCAAAAGCAGUUCAACAAAGGGGAUUCACUUGGUCACAGGGUAUUACACAAGGCAUUUACCUAUUAGUGCCUUUCUUUUAGCUGCAUUGAUGCUGCUGUUGGUUCUUUUCUGUUAUACAGAGCUGCUGCAUUGGCAGUGCACCAAAUCGCAACAAUGCUGCUUGCUUUUGCCAUUUUUUUGUGUGUUCGAUAUCCUUGCCAUGGACUUGUAAGUAGUUUUCACAUGUGCCUUACAUAGUACCUUAAUCUCUCGUUCAAAGUGCCAAUCAAAACCAUUCGCCAUAGAAUGGCCACGAGGAGUGCUUGUAUAAGCUCCCUCUCUCUACAUGCAGGCUUUGCUGUACAGUUGACUAUGAAAGCCUGUGUUUAGUGUUGUCAGAACUAGUUUCUUCACGUUUGGUAUGUAAUACUUUCUUUGCAUUGAUAAGUUUACUUUUCGUUACCUGAUGAGUUGAUUAAGAAACUGAUAAUUUCAGGACAACAAAGAGCCUCUUAGAUUUUCUACCUUUGAAAGUAAAACUGCAUUUUCCUGUAGUGUGCAAUAUUUCGAGACCUUUUACUGUGCUGAUUAAGCCUUGUAGCUCGCAAGAUGCAGGAAGCUGAGUGCAUAAGGCUCUUUGAGAGUACUGCUGUUCGGCUGGUAUUGGCCAGUGAAAAGGGACGCAUAUGCAGUAAUUUUUUGUGAUGUUACAUACAGCGAACAGUGUGCCUUGACUUCUCUUCAGUGUGAAUAUAUUAAUUCACAGUUCCUUACCAAGCUCAACUAGCGUGAAGUUUGUUCCUGAAGAGUUAACAUGAAUGUUGUUUACAUAAGAUACUUAAGAACAAGUACUGCCAAAACUGUUUCAAGUUGUUUCGUUUGUGUAUUGUUACAACAAUUUAGAAAUUCAGAUUGGAAGUAGAUUUCUCUAGCUUAAGCUGCUUCAGAAACGCUUGCAGCAGACACGUUUAAAAUACUGCGCUUGAGCAGGCAAGGCACUCGGAAGCUUCUGCAAUAGUUAACACAUGCAAGAAGAGAGAUAUUGACAUGCUCCAAUUUCAUAUGCCUCUGUAAAGUAGAAGUCGCAUCGUAAUGUACCACUACAAUAUGCAAAACACUGUUUGCAUGUUUUGAGAUACAUCCUAUUGCCUUGUGCUAGGACUAUUUCAUGCCGAAUUGUAUGUGGCUGGGACAGUAACACCAGAAGCAUCACCAUUGUCAUCAGUGCAAUCAAAUUGCAAUACUCGAAAACCACCUUUGUGGAUAGUCUGAAGGUGUAUGUGGAGAUUGCUCAAUUUACAUAGGGCUCAUUUAAGGUGUCGUUGAACCGAAAUAUGCGGUUGGACAUUUUAUGAUGCCCCUUUGUGCCUGGUCUGCUAAUAGCUCUCGGGCUGUUCAUUUACGUGUACAGUGGACAUAUCUAUUAUGUGCAAAGUGCUGCGCCAUUCAAGCUGAAGUUGCAAGCAUAGCGAGUAGCACUAACCAGGAGACAUACAGACAGGACAGAUGCAUCUUUCCAGUUUAUGUCUAUCUGAUCUCGUUGCUUGCACGUGUUGCCAUGGUGAAGUAAAACUAGUAUAACUCAGCCACAAACUCCCGUAAAGUUAACUUUCUUGUUAAACCGCACUGUGAUUAAUGUUGUGAUGGGGUUGGAAGUGGCCAUUUUUUACUAUUGUGUUUUGUUUGUUCAUGUGUUGGCGACUGGCCUAAGUACAAUUUGGUUUCAUUUUACGGUAACUAAGUGAACUCGUGUCGGAGUACACGUAUCAAUACAGUCAGAACAGAGUAGUGCUGCGCUAUUCCCAAGACCAAUCGAAAUCAAACAUGCCGUAGUUUGUGGAUCUAACGGCUCGAAACAGUCGUGAAGCAUGCGCGAGAAAAUGUGAACAGCAUAAGGGAUCGAGGUUAGGCUAAUUGAUGUUGCAUAACAGGCUGCAAUACGUUCAACAAAGGGGUUCGCCGCGGUAAGGUAACGUCGGCAGUCGUUGACACAAGCCUUAAUGUUUUCCUGUCGGUUGAACGUUUUCGAACUGUUAACGUCUGGACGAGAAAACAGCGCCUAAGACGACGACAAUGAAAGAUCAACAAAUGCGCUGAAUAACAACGUUGUCUUUAUUGUAACUAGGCUAUAUAUAUAUAUAGAACCAAGACAGCUCCCCCGCAUGCGUCGAGCAUAUCGUCAAGGAUAAAAAAAUAAUUGAUAAACAGUUUAUGUAAACAACGUGAAUCGUCGAUAAAAAAAAAGUCGUUUUCCCUCAGCAAUGGUCUACAGUGUACUUUAGACGGUCCACAAUAAAUCCCAUUCUCAGAAUGUGCACUGUAGACCGUUCCUGAGGGAAAACGACUUUUCUUUUUAAAUCGCUGAUUCACCUUUUUACAUACAACUAUUUAUCAGUUUUUUUUUAUCCUUGACGAUAUGAUCGGCGCAUGCAGGGGGUUGUCCCAGUUAUAUAUAUAUUGCCUUGUUGCAAUAAAGACAAGGUUGUUAGUCAGCGCAUGUGUUGUUGAUCUUUCAUUGUUCUCGUCUUACGCGCCGUUUCCCCGUCCAGAUUUGAACAGUUCGAAAAUGUUAAACGGAUAGGAAAACAUUGAGGCUUGUGUCAACGAUUAACGGUGUUGUCUACCCGCAACGAACCCCUUUGUUGAACGCAUGGCAGCCUGGUAUUGAGCCCGUCAAUGAUAUUUAUUCGUUGGUUUGAACAAGUUGCUUUACGGUCAGCAGGAGAAGGACACACGCCUUGCUAGGCUACGUAAGAAGCUGCAAUACUGAAUGAUCAAAGCUUGCCUGCUACACCGAUAGGCCAUAUUACUAUGUUAAGCUCCCCGUUUAUUGUAAAUACAGGCUCAGCGUAAAAAAGAAACUUGGCAACGCGACUAUUGUCGAGUAAAGGAGUUGCUGGUGCGUUGUCCGCUCCAUAUUGAUCUUUUUUUUUUUCUCUCGACCCACUGAGAGCUUGUUGCUAGGAGGCAAGGCGUACAGCAAGUUUGCGACCCGUUGGUCGUGGGGACUCGUGCUUACUCUUAUCUCAGUUGCAAUCUUAACGGCACUGGACACACAUCUCUGGGGCUUUUUUUUUUUUUUAUGGUUUCCGACCGCGACGCGCAUCUAUUCACGCUGCGCUUUCACUUGUAAACCUCGCUCUUUCCACGGGCCCAUUUCCUCAGUUUAUUGAGAGCACGCGGGCGCUCGUUUCGCAUUCACAAGGAGCCAGUCUUAUCUGUGACGCCGCAUUGCCGCAAUUACGGGCCUCCCACUUACGGCACAAGCGUUGUGCAUGUGCGUUGAAUUGCUUUGUAGAGUAAGUGUAUGUGCCCCCCCUCCCUUGUUAAACAAUGAAUAAAAUAAAACGCGGAGGGGGGAACCUGGGCGUAUUGCAAUACUAGUACCUGUCUCGAGAGUGUGGAAUAGUUUGUUUGGCAGAUUGGUUUCAUCGCUGUACUUGCGUUUUUUUUGCACCAUUGAUUCUACUGUUGUGUGUGAUUUUCUACAUUUUUUUUUUCAUGUCGUAUUUGAGGGACUCAUUUUAUGUACAUUUUCUGCUUUUGUAUUGCGUUUAUAUGUGAUUUGGCUAGCUUGCCAUCCCGUACUAAAAGAAAAGAUCUCGCUAUGUCUUGGUAUCGUGUAGUCGGUGUCGUUUAGAUUAAGGUAUCCUUCGGUGCCCCAUGAAGGAACACACACAGAAAUCUUGAGGGUGUGAUGCGCAUUGCUGUUUUAUUUCUUUCUUCUUGCGUAUGAGCUGUUUGUUUUUAACGUUCAGGUUUAUUGAAUGAACAAUUUUGGAUUUAGUGAGGGUGCAUUCUUUUUUUCGUUGCUCAAAAGAAACGGGUAAUAGGUCUCGCAGCAUCGUUUAUACUAAAGAUUAUGUGUGUGCUUGUUCGUUAAUCCCUUUCUGUGUGGUUUCUGUUUUUGUUUGGUUUCAUUAAAAUUUGGUCAGGAA